AUGAGGUUUGUCCAAUAUAUUCCGACUGGAAUUCCAAACGAAGAUGGUGAGUUCCCGGGAAGGAACUAUACAGUUGGAAAAGUCAUACAACAACUGUAUGAUAUUAGGAAAGCUUCAAACCCCAAACUUGCAAUGACACUCAAAUUGCUUAUGAAUUCGACAUGGGGAUAUUCCAUUAAGAAACCUCAAGAGAUGAAGAGUAAACAUUAUGAGAAGGUCGACAACUUUGUUGAAAGGUUUUCUCCUUUUGUUUUGAAGUACGAAUUCACUCAAGGUCAAAGUGGCUUAGUAACCACAUUAAAACCUAUUGUCGAACAUUGGUCUUACCCUCAGUUCGCAAAGGCAGUCCUUGACAACUACAACAAAUUCUUCUCCGAAGUCAAAUCCAAAGUGAAGGUUUACUAUGAGAACAUUGACGCACUCAUGACGAACGAAGAAGGUACAACAAACUCAUUGAAAUGGGUAUGGUCGGUGAAAAGAUGGGUCAAUUCAAAUUGGACAAAAUUUUCACCGAAGUUCAUGUCCUCUCCAAGCGUAAGUACUGGGGCAUACUUGAAGACGGCACAGAAAUAA